UAGUGUGCCUAUACUGAUAAGAUUUUUGUAUAAACAAUCUCUAUACAAAUGAUCCUAAUGAUAUAUGUGGUAAGGGUUGCAUUAAUACCAACCCUUGCCACAAUGGCAGAUAUUGAAAGUAAACUGUGGCUGACAGUCUUUGAUAAAAAAUACAGGUCAUCAGAUCAUGAGGGUAAUCUUCGUACUGAAGAUUGAAGAAAUAGGAGGUUAUGCUGAGAUAUCCCGUUUCGUUCUCAUCUGGAAGUACCUGAUCAGGAUUCUAACUUGGUGGUUUGUGGUGACUGGGUUUAUAUAUUAUAUUGAGCGUCUUGUCAACCUGCUUUCAUCGGAGAAACCCCAUGACUUGUGCUAUUUAACCUGGCUCUACUUCACCGCAGUUACAGCAACUGCUGUCGGCUAUGGUGAUGUCUCAUGCAAGACAAUUUGCAUUUCACAAAAAUAUAAUGCAAAGGACUGUACGGGAAGUAUGUACCAGACUUAGUGAGGAUGAUUUUAGCCGUAUUUCCGGACUUUACUCCAUAUAGACCGAUAUUGCGCAACAAGUUAGUGUCUAUGUAGUUUUCUUCCUGUUUCUUUAUUCAAUAUUAAUGUGAAAUAAACUGAAAAUCCUGCUGAUAAAAAAAGACCAAAGCACUGUAAGAAAUGGAGUGAA